AUGGAUAUGUACCGCCGUAGCGGUGAACAGGUUCCCACUGCAACACCGUACGCAUGGCCGCACGAUGCAAGCAUGUCACCAGAAACAACGGCACUGGUAAUAAUCGACAUGCAAAACGACUGUGCGUUCAACCUCAAUUCCCCUCCCAUAAUGGUACAAGUAUCAAGGCCCACGCGACUAAAGAAAAAAGGAAAAAAGUCUGUUCUCCAAACGGCUAUCUCAGUCAUCAGGGCUACUCCCUGACUCCAACCCGGGCGCCCAUCCCAGCAAUCCACACCCUCCUGACACUCUUCCGCAAGCACUCCUUCCCGAUAAUCUUUACCCGAGAGGGCCAUAGGCCCGACCUCUCAACCCUCUCCUCCCGGGAACUCCACCGCUCCCGAAAUAACCCUUCAGGUCUCGGAAUCGGCGAUCAGGGGCCCCUCGGCCGCCUGCUCAUCCGUGGGGAGCCCGGCCACGACAUAAUCCCAGAACUAGCCCCACUUCCCAACGAACCCGUUGUGGACAAGCCGGGCCGCAGCGCGUUCGCUUACACUGACUUUGAGCUGCUGCUGAGGGUCAAGGGGGUCAAAAAUUUGGUUAUCACAGGGGUGACGACCGACGUUUGUGUUAGCUGCACCAUGCGGGAGGGGAAUGAUAGGGGAUUUGAUUGCCUGCUCGUUAGGGAUGCGUGCGGGGCGAGCUUGCAGAGCUUGCACGAUGCCGCGGUUGAGAUGGUUGGGACUGAAGGGGGGAUAUUUGGCGCGAGUGCUGGAGUCCGAGAUGUCGUUUGCGCCGUUGAGGCUUGGGCUGCGAGGAACGUGAGGGGGGGGCCGGGUAAGGAGGAGGAGGAUGAGGAGAGCACGGGCAGCAGCGGGGACAGGAGUGAUUAA